GGGAUGUGUUGCACCUGUCUUGUAUUGGUGCUCAUUUUUUUAUUGAGCUUAAAAUUCUUUGGGCUGUAUUAGAAGCCAAGUUAUGUCAACACACACAGGGAACUUCAUAACUUAAGCCAAGUUUACACUUUGGCGUUUUCGAGUUCUUUCAUCGAAUGAAAACACUAUACGAAAGCGUUUUUGUGAGAAUUGCGCCAAAUGUGCUUUCGUUUUUUUUCAUUAUUAUUAUUCUCUAUUUCCCCAGUUGAUGACAAAAAAGUAUAAGUACAAUUAAAAAGGAGUUAGUGUCCGUAUUUAUCCUUCGCAGCAUGUUCAGAUGUUUUCAAUGUAUGCAAUCAAGACAUUUUAGAAUGCCUUUCAACGUUCACCAUUUUUUUCCAAAUUAAUCGUGCUGUGAAUGUGUUUGUUUGGUAUGGUCGUGACAGUUCUAUAGGUGCAGUCAGGAGAAUACUAUUGAACUGUUAAUAGAGGUGAAAAUAAGUCAGUCAGCUGCCGUGUAAGGCUUGCAGCGCGGCCAUGGAGGAUUCUCAGAAUGUGCCUGUAGAAAAAUCGGGAGGGAGUGAAGUUCAAGGACCUUCACACUCCAAAACUCAAGCAUCCAGUGAACCUUUCAAGGUAGAAAUCGUUCCUCGUGAACAAUCAUGGAAGGGUUACGAGGACAGCAAGUAUGAUUCCCCUGUGUUCAACCGCUUGGCACCUUACCCGGUAUUCUACUACUAUCGAUGGAAAGUUCUUUCUAUUUUUCACUCAAGGCUAUUCUUUGACGUCGUCCUUGGUGAAGUUCUGUUUUUCCUCCUUCUCAUCGGAGGUCUUGCUGUUGCAUUGGGAAUUAUUGGCGCCCAAGAUGGUAGAUCAACUGGGAGGAUAGCCUGUGUUGCGCCCGCACUGACAUUCGCUUUUGCAUGCCGCAACUCUAUAUGGAUCCUCUUCACUGGCCUUCCCUUUGAAAGAGCCUUGAUAUGGCAUAAGAUCUGUGCGUACCUCAGCGUUUUGGUGGGUGCGUGGCAUGGGUAUGUCACCAAUUCUGUUGAUCUAUCAGGUAUAAUUCUGAUCACUAGUAUGGGCGCUUUGGGCUUGUUCUCUUUAUGGCCAAUCCGAAGAAAGCUCUUCGAAGCCUUUGUGCGUUUUCACUGGGUUUUGUUUUUAGCGGUGAUUGGCGUGUCUUUCUGGCAUGGAGCAGUUGAAAUCGCUUAUGGUCUUACCCCUUGGGUACUGGAUGUGUUACUGCGAGCAGCGGUAAUCAUCUGUAACUACAGAAAGCGCAAGCAAGUGUUAGCAGUUAGACUACCAUCUAAUGUCGUUCGUCUGACGUUCUUGAAAGAAGGCUUCCAAUACAAGGCAGGGCAGUACUGCUUCAUUUGUGUGCCUGGAGUGACCUGGUUCGAGUGGCAUCCAUUCAGUCUGUCAUCAUCACCACAUGAAAACAAAGUCUCCUUCCAUAUUCGUAUUCUUGGUGACUGGACCCAAAAGCUCUACGAUCACAUUGAUACAGUAAAGAUGAUCACCGUUUUCAUUGAUGGCCCGUACGGAACGCCGUGCUUGGACAUCGAUGGAAGCAAGUACAAGCACUUCUUAUUGGUCAGCGGUGGCAUUGGCAUCACCCCCAUGCAAUCCAUCUGUAACGACUUGCUGUAUCAGAGACGUAGGGGUAGAGAUCUCAAGAAAGUCAUGUUCGUGUGGUCGGUGCGUGAUCUUUACAUGGUAACAUCAGUGCUUCAAUAUGACCAAGAAUGCUUCCAUAAAAAUUCAGAUCUCAGGUUACCGUAUUCGUUUUCACCCGACUUGCUUGAUAGAAGCACCCCCGAGGAGAUAUUGGAAACCUAUUUCCAUCUGACCAGAGAGAGGAACACCUCGAAGUUUACCGAGGGGAAUAUCCGACCAGAAAUCCAGCCAACUCUCAAAUUUGGACGACCAGAACUGCCAGUUCUUUUUGAAAAAAUGAAAAGAUAUUGCCAAGACGGAAAUAACAGAAGAGUGGCCGUCUUGGCAUGUGGCCCUCGUCCACUUGUCGACUCAGUGCAAACGCUCUGCGCAAAAUAUUCAUGCAGAGAUGUCAUUUUUGACUUUCACAAAGAGGUGUUUGAAUUUUGAGCUCAGGACUUAUAUUUUAUUCAUUUUUGACUGUUACUUCAGUGAUUUUUUUUAUUCAAUUCCGUGUGGGUUGAUCACUUAAAAGACAAGGGGAAAUCAAAUAACUUAGUGGGAAAUCAAAUAACAAAGGUUUUAAUGAAAUAAGUAAGAAUAUGUUGUGAUAACAAUUUGUCAGUAAACAGUUUGGCGGGCUUCAUAUUAUAUACUCUUUCAACAAAGAUUCACCCUAAACUAUUCAUGGUUCCAUUUUUAGUGACACGGGGAGCGCUGUCUUAAGUAAUCAGUUUCGUAUUCUUGGCUUGUAAGUGGUCGUAAGUUACGACAUCACCGACAUUUUGGAUGAAGAUGACAAAGCAUUCCUCAUCAGUUUCUCUUGUUCAUUCAUCCAACAUGGCGACGAAAGCUUUGUGUCUUAUUUCUAAGGGGAUUCCUGGUCUUGUGAUUGCACACCAAGAAUCCCUCAAAAUUUUGCUUGAAAUUCAUUUGAAAAAAUUCGGUUGCAUCGUGGGUAAUAGACCUCUGCAGCUUUUACGUCAUGUACCGUAUACGCAAUGCAUUAUAGGAUAUGUUUGGGAAAGAACAUGGCGGAUUUCUUUUGUUUUCUCUUGAAACUGAUCCCACAAUGCAUUGAAAAUCAAGUAGUGACGUAAAAAGCUCAGAAGUCUAUUCACAGCUGUAAUCCGAAUUUUAACGUUUUCUUUAAAUAAGACAACUGCUUGCUCGUUCAGGCAAGCAUAGUGUUUCUGUGGAGUUCAUUGACCUGAAAUUAAAGGUUUAGUUUCGAAGUUCA